UUUUUCGGGUAUUUUUUUAAACGACAAUUGCAAAGCUGUAAAUUAAUGUUCACAGUUUUGUAGUUAAUCCAUUAGUUUAAUUAGUGUUUGAUGAAAGUCAUUCGUAUGGCACACAGAAAUGCCUGCCGCACGACAAGAAGCGACGCGGUAUCCAAUAAACUUCCAGCACUUAUGGAAAAACGGUACGUUGAUUGGCUACCGCGUCGCUUCUUGCAGCAAGCGUUUUUGUGUUCUUUGUGCAAGAGCCAUAAGCCCAUAUUCAUAAUAGGUGCAUCCAGUAAAAUAAUGCUCAUUGAGCGCUCAGUAAAUGGUGUAGUGCUAGGGUUUGAUUCUUGAUGGUAUGCGGAUGAGAUAAGCAUGCGAAAAUGUAUAGUUCACGUUACGUAUACUAUAGAUGUUCGCAUGUGUAUCUCAUUCGUACACCGUCAAGAAUCGGGCCCCUGGGUGCAUUCAAUGCAAUCUUAGUGAUUAUUGUUUGUGAUUGGAGCAUUCUUUUAGAUUCUUCAUAGACUUAAGAGUAUUUACCAAAUAAGAGCGAUAAUUUUUGAGACGUAAGAAAAAUAAUUGACUGAAGUUAGUUGCUUACGGCUUAAAGCGAGGUUGUAGAUAGCCCCUAAUUUUAUGCAAAAUAAUGAGUUCUAAAGCCAGCGGCAUACGAUCUUGUUUCCCGCUGGUACCGCCAGCUUAAGCAAGCACCGCUGGCUUAACGACUUAUCUAGUUCUGAUCUUGGAGUCUCCUCUCUCCAAUGUAUAUGGUCAAUGGACUUUGUUCCAAGAUCUUGAAUAAUACAUGACAAUAUAUGAUAUAUCUAGUUCUGAAGUCUCCGCUACGAGCCGCCACCGUACACAUCGGCCAAUUAAGCGAAACUUUUAUCCCAAUAAAUGGAUUAAGAUUUUCAAAGGAUUAAAUUAUUUAAAUACGGAAUGAAGGGAGACGCAUAUCGAAUAUGCAUAUAUGCGGUCGGUUGCAAUAUGUUAAGAUAUAUCAGUCAUUUAGUUAUUGGCAUUCAAUAUUCUCGUCAUUAUGGGCAUCGUCCAAACACUAUUCAACAAACCGGACGAGCUUUUCAUAACCUCCGCCAACUUAGAAUCUUCAUCGUGCGUGCCUUGUUACGAAGAAGUGGACAGGAAACCAGGGAAUCCUGGUAGCUUUGAAGAUUUGCACGCAAAAACAAAGCAGUUGUAUCCACAAAACUUCGAAGGAGCCUAUUUACUGUUGAAAAAAUCUCUGAGUCAACAUUUCAAUGUCACUUACAAGAUGACCCUUAGCUCUGUAACACCACAUGGUCUCAAAUUUGGUGUAAAUUAUGUCGGUACUAAACAUGUGGGUUUAUCAGAAAGAUAUCCAGUUAUCUCAGGCGAAAUUACACCGGAUGGAAAUAUGAGUGCUAACUUCAUGCACACACUUGGAUGCAGAUACAGAUUCAAACUAUCAACACAGAUUAGCAAUGGGAAGUAUAAGGCCCUCAGUACUGGUCUGGAUUACCGUUCCGACGAUUGCACAGUAGCGCUGACCUUAGCAAAUCCCGACCUUCUUCAACGGCACGGUACGAUGGUGUUGCAUUAUCUGCAAGCCAUCACACCGAGGAUAACUCUUGGUACGGAGAUCGCGUACCUAUGCGGUUCUCAAAUAGCCGAGGGUCGACAGACGAUGAUGUGCGCCGCAUUUCGACACAGCACCGGUCCCACCACGUUGUCCGCCACAUUCGGCGAGGCGGGCGUCCACGUCUGCUAUCAUCGGCAGGCGAGCAAGCAGCUGAAACUCGGAGUCGAGAUAGAGACCAACACACGAAUUCACGAGUCGAUCGGCACGAUAGUGUAUCAAAUUGAUGUCCCAUAUGCGGACUUUGUUUUCCGCGGAUUUGUCAAUUCAGAGACUACUAUGGGAGCGGUGUUCGAAAAGAAGUUGUAUCCCAUUCCGAAGGCCUUAUUAGUUAUAAGUGGCUUUUUAAAUCACAAGAAGCAACAGUUUCGUGUUGGUAUCGGCAUGAAUAUUGGCUAGCAAAGCUCCUCGAAUAAUAAAAGAUAUUGUAUACUUUGAAUUUUAAGCAUUUUUAGAAAUAGUUACGCUCUGCACAGAAAUUUUGAUGGAUAUUUUUGUGCUUAUGUUGAUCAAGCAAAAUAUCUUCAUUGUAUAAUUGCGCGGGGAUAUUCCGACACAUAUUUUAUCUGUAACUUUGAGUUUCUUGUUGUGGUAGUUUUUUAAGCCAAAACAGGAAAUCUUAGGUAAUCUCGGGUGUUUGUUUAAAAUUCUCAUAAGACACGUCGAAAUGAAAAGAAUGUCGAUAAGAAGUGACAUUUGCAGUAGAUCCGUAAAAUACUUGGGGAAACCUUUCUUUCAUUUUAAUAAUAAGUAGUCGUAACGCAACAUGACACAUCUGGCUUAUUUUUUAACUAUGCGUCUUUUGCUGAAAAUCCAAUGUCGGAUUUUAGACGAGGGGAGAAAGGCAGACGGAAGUAUGAGAAGUCUCUCGAUGAUCGGUUUUUUUGGCUUUUUUUUAUUUUAGGUAUUCACAAACGUUACAACUGUCGGCUAAGCGUACAAGACUCGCAAUCCACAAGAUACACACAUUAUGUUACCACAUUAUAUAAGGACAUUAUCGCUCACCCGCGGGGCCCGACAGCCCCUGAGAUGCCGAUCAACGUCUAAUUACAGACGUCUCCUCCUCCCUCCUGCCCGCGAUUCUUCGUAAGCCGACACCCGUUUGCAGUUUAUCACGUGUCUAUGCGUGUGUGUAAGUGUAAGUGUAUAUAUAUAUAUAAUUGUAUAUAUU